AUUACACCAAAAUUGGUCUCACUCUGCUCGGCAAAUCCCAGCUCCUGUGGAACCCGAACUUGUCAUAAUUCUAUCCAGCGCUGAAGAUGCAACCAACAGGAUGGCUUCUUGGGCAGGCACUGCUCACGCUUGGCGCGUGGACAGCUUCUGAUUCCUACUGUGACCAUGGUGACGUGCUGUACGGCAGUUUUUGUUAUUACUUUGGAUCGUGGACUGCAUCGUGGAAGGAUGCUGAGGAUUACUGCGUCAAUGUAUGGAAAGGUCACUUGGCCAGCUUCCACUCAAUCGAGGAGCUCAACUUCUUGAGAGCUUACGCAAGGGGGUAUUGGAUCUGGGCGGGAUUCAGGAGGACUAAUGGAUACAAUGCAAUGUUCACUGAUGGAACACCUUCAGACUACCUCCCGUGGGGCGAAAAGCAGCCGCGCGGGUGGGAGGACGCCAGCUGCGUUCGCCUUGGAUCGGAUGGCCGUCUAUAUUACUACCUGUGCCACAUCGACAUACGGUUCAUCUGCAAAAAAGCCGCGAACCGCGGGUCCAAUCCUCUCAAGCUAUCGGAACCGCAAUCAGUUUGGACCGACGCGUGCGGCUGGUGGGCGCACAACCCCUCCAACGACUACUGCUACCUGCUCAUCAUCGAGUACCAGAUAAAUUGGAACGGUGCGAAAGACGACUGCAGCCGAAACGGAGGCAACCUGCUCAGCAUCACCGACUUCAAGGAACAGGACUUUGUGCGAGACUACUUCCAGGCGAGAGUGAAUGGGAUUUCCCUGUGGAUUGGCGGCUACAGCCUCAACGCUGAAGAAAAGUGGAUGUGGAGCGACGGAUCCAAGUUGCUUUACAUACGCUGGAGCACAGGCGAGCCUGAAGACGACAAGCCCGCGCAACGCUGUCUUUCCUGGGACCUUGACAGCGACCGCUGGAAGGAGGACACCUGUGGGAGCGAUAGAGGGUUCAUCUGCAAGAUUAGAAGCAAAAGGUCAAUGGCGGUGUGAACAUAAGUCCCCUCAAAUGAAUGAGGCGAAAGACAAAAUGGCAGAUGUGAUGGUCAGCGACUUCGUCCAUGCAGCUGACAUGCUUGGGACUUGUUUGGUACAGCUACUAAAGGCUCAGCAAAAACGCUUUCUUCGUCUCCAUGGGGUGUGACUGUCUUGUCUGUUGGAAAUUUCUUCCGCAGACAUAGUUUACAUGUAGCCACACUGUAAUUAUGAAUAUGAUAACGUAUUAAAUUAAUGUCAUAUUACAGCAUACAGUACAAUGUAUGCAGUGUAACUGCGAAGUAUGAGUAUCAUGGCAUUAAAAUAUACAUGAAAUAAUUA